GGCGCAUUGUCUACAGAGUAAAAGUAGACGUGUUUACGCUGGCCGCUGGCUGUGUUUUUUCGCUGCACGUUUUUGUUUAGAAGAUGUGACUUGGAGUGAUUUUGUACAGGAAAGUUGGAUCAACGUGACUGCUGUUCAUGACAUUUCGUUCACUUGGAGCGACGCAGUGAUGCAGAGUGGAAAGGAUCGAAUUAGGAAUGAAACUUGGAUUGCGCGCUGGCAUGGCAUGUCAGGUGUUUCGACGCUUGGAUAGACGCUGUUUCUUUCUGUCAUGGUGCCAGUUUCCGUAUCUGUGAGUUCGCCUGGAGCACUAUGGAGAGAAGAAAGAGACUUUUCUUGUAUCUUCUCUUCGCGGCGCAGCUCUGCCUGAGCUCAGCACAAGUCCUCAGAAUCGGUGGUAUUUUUGAGACCCGGGAGAGUGAGUUAGUGAGUAUGGACGAGCUGGCUUUCAAGUUUGCAGUAAAUAACAUAAACCGCAAUAAGACCCUGAUGCCCAACACUACUCUCACCUAUGACAUCCAGAGGAUCAACCUGUUUGAUGGCUUUGAGGCUUCCAGGAGAGUGUGUGACCAGCUGACUCUCGGAGUGGUUGCUGUGUUCGGCCCUUCUCACAGCUCCUCGGUCAGUGCCGUUCAGUCCAUCUGCAAUGCCCUAGAAGUCCCUCACAUUCAGACCCGCUGGAAACACCCGUCAGUGGACAACAAAGACACCUUCUUCAUCAACCUGUAUCCCGAGUAUUCUGCCAUCGCCAGGGCCAUCCUGGACGUGGUCACUUUCUUUAAAUGGAGGAAGCUAACGGUGGUCUAUGAGGACAGCACAGGCCUUAUGCGGAUGCAGGAGUUGAUCAAGGCUCCGGCAAAGUUCAACCUUAAGAUCAAGAUCCGCCAGCUGACCCCGGGUAACCAAGAUGCCCGACCUCUGCUUAAGGAGUUGAAGAAAGACAAAGAAUUUUUUAUUCUCUUUGACUGCUCCUAUCGCAUGGCUGCGGAGCUCCUGAAGCAGCUUUCAUCAAUGGGAAUGAUGACCGAGUACUACCAUUUCUUCUUCACGACUUUGGAUUUGUUUGCCCUGGACUUGGAGCCGUACCGCUACAGCGGGGUGAACAUGACAGGCUUCAGACUGCUGAACGUGGAUGACCCGUGGGUAGCCUCCACAAUGGAAAGGUGGGCCAUGGAAAGACUGCAGGGUCCCAAACAAGAGAGUGGCCUGAUGGACGGAAUCAUGACUACGGACGCAGCCUUGAUGUACGACGCAGUGUUCAUGGUUGCUGUUGCGUCACAGCGAGCCACUCAGAUGACCGUCAGCUCCCUGCAGUGUCACCGUCACAAACCUUGGCGCUUCGGACCACGCUUCAUGAACCUCUUCAAAGAGGCACAGUGGGAUGGACUGACAGGGCACAUUGUUCUUAAUAAGACGGAUGGCCUGAGGAAAGACUUUGAUUUGGACAUCAUCAGCCUCAAAGAGGAUGGCACUACCAGGAUUGCUGUGUGGAACUCGUACAGGGGGAUGAACCUGACGGAGUCCAACCGAGAAAAGAAUAACAAUGUGACAGACUCUCUGGCUAACAGGACUCUUAUUGUGACCACGAUACUGGAAAAUCCAUACGUGAUGCAAAAAAAGUCAGACAAGGAGCUGGUCGGGAACGAUCGUUUUGAGGGUUACUGCCUGGACCUUUUAAAAGAGCUCUCCAACAUCUUGGGUUUUACAUACGAAGUCAGACUAGUGGCUGAUGGGAAAUAUGGAGCCCAGAAUGACAAGGGAGAGUGGAACGGGAUGGUCCGGGAGCUGAUUGACCAUGUUGCAGACCUUGCUGUGGCUCCCUUGACCAUCACCUACGUUAGAGAGAAAGUCAUCGACUUCUCCAAGCCCUUCAUGACCUUAGGUAUCAGCAUCCUGUACCGCAAACCUAAUGGCACCAAUCCGGGCGUGUUCUCCUUCCUUAAUCCCUUGUCUCCUGACAUCUGGAUGUACGUGCUGCUAGCCUGCACAGGAGUUAGCUGUGUGCUCUUUGUGAUUGCCAGGUUUACUCCUUACGAGUGGUACAACCCACAUCCAUGCAACCCAUCCUCGACUCUCAUACAGAACAAUUUCACUUUACUCAACAGUUUCUGGUUUGGCGUUGGAGCUCUCAUGCGGCAAGGCUCAGAGCUGAUGCCCAAGGCUCUGUCGACUCGUAUAGUUGGGGGUAUCUGGUGGUUCUUUACCUUAAUCAUCAUCUCCUCCUACACGGCCAACUUGGCUGCCUUCCUCACUGUGGAACGAAUGGAUGCACCAAUCGACUCAGCAGACGACCUGGCGAAGCAGACCAGGAUUGAAUAUGGGGCAGUGAGGGAUGGAUCCACCAUGACCUUCUUCAAGAAAUCAAAGAUCUCCACCUAUGAGAAGAUGUGGGCGUUUAUGAGCAGCCGGAAGAACACUGCAUUGGUUAAAAACAACAAGGAAGGCAUCACCCGGGUCCUGACGACAGACUACGCCAUGCUGAUGGAGUCCACCAGCAUCGAGUACAUCAGCCAGAGAAACUGUAACCUCACACAGAUCGGAGGUCUCAUAGACUCCAAGGGCUACGGCGUGGGAACGCCUAUCGGUUCUCCAUACAGGGAUAAAGUGACCAUAGCCAUCCUUCAGCUGCAGGAGGAAGGGAAGCUGCACAUGAUGAAGGAGAAGUGGUGGAGAGGCAAUGGCUGUCCAGAGGAGGACAACAAGGAAGCCAAUGCCCUGGGUGUGGAAAACAUCGGCGGUAUCUUCAUUGUCCUGGCUGCUGGUCUGGUGCUCUCUGUGUUCGUGGCUAUCGGGGAGUUCAUCUACAAGGCGCGUAGGAAUGCUGAUAUAGAAGAGGCAUUUUGUUUCUUUUAUGGGGUGCAGUCCCGUCAGAUCCAGCGGCGUGGCUCCACCUCCUCCUCUGGCACCUCCUUAUCUACUGAUCUGGAGAGCGGCAGGCUACUGGGGAACGACACAGAGUAGCCGUGGCAGCACAUUUACAACACGUGCACAAUCUAGGCGAUAGUGCGUGUCUUUUAGCACCGUGAUGGAGGACUUGGGCAUCUCCCUGCAGUGUUACAAAGGCAUCCGGAGGAGGUCACAACCCCACAGCGGAACGAGACCAACUUGCAUCUUCUGUCAACCCAAACGCACUGCAAGGAGGGAGGGAAUGAGGCGGGACUCCAGCACGUGAGCCUUGGAUCUAAAAACUGAUGGAACGUAGAUCAGAGACUGCUAUUUGAUCGCUCUCCACUCCUCAGAUUUGUUUGUGGACCACCGAAUGAUAUGAAGUUGUUUCCUCAUCACCCCUGUCUUUUUACUAUUAUGUGUUUGGCUAUUACAUUAAGCAUUUACUGUAGAUGUAAAAACAUUAAUAAUGUUAAAACGUGAGGACUGUGAGAGUGAAAGCUCUCAUAGUAUAAACGAUUGCUGUUCCCUCAUGGUUGUAUUUCACUAUUAUGAGCAGUUUGCAGAGUUGAAUCUGCACACUUUAUAGAUACUCCCACUGUGUAAAUGUGUGACAACUUCACUGAUUUUCAGAGUAAAAAGAUUUUUGCAUCUUUUAAA